CGAGGGAAGGGGGCGGGCCAGGAAGGGAAGGGAAGGAAGGGAAGGGAAGGAGGCUAGGGUGAGUCGCCGCCGCCGCCGCGGAGCAGCAGAGCCCAGAUGCGACGCGAGAGGGCAGCGCCAGGCAGCUCGAGGGGGCAGCGGCAGCUUCUGGGUCGAGGCGGCCGUCGGACCCCGCGAGUGGAGGGGCCGCCGCCACGGGGCCAGGGCUGGCAGUGCCAGGCAGGCAGAGAGCAGCAGCACUUCGGAAGCGCCGGCGGCAGGUUGGCACCACAGCCGGCGGAGGAGCAGGAGAGGCCGCUCUCGGCGCUGGCCGGCCAGCGGGGCAAGGACAGCAGCCCGCCUCUGUGGAGCCGCCGCUGGAGCUGGUGCACCCUGGCGGGCUCCCGGAUGGCCUCGCCCGCCGCCUCCUCCUCCUUCUCCUCCUCCUCCUCUUCGGAGGAAUGCCGCUCCUCCAUCGGGCUGGACUUCUGCAGCUGCUGCCUGGACUUGGCCAACCGCAGCGGCCUGGAGCGGACCCCCGGCCGGGGCUACAACAACAACCUGGCCAGCCCCCCGGCCAGCCCCUUCCAGCUCCUGCGGGAGCAGCUGGCCUGUGAGAACCUGAAUGCCGACAAGCUGAGCCGCAUCAUGCGCCAGGACUCGCUGGAGCCGGUGGUGCGCGACCCGUGUUACCUCCUCAACCAGGGCAUCUGCAACCGCAACAUCGACCAGACCCUGCUCUCCAUCCUGCUCUUCUUCCACAGUGCGUCUGGCGACAGCGUGGUGGCCAUCGACAACAAGAUCGAGCAGGCGAUGGAUCUGGUGAAGAACCACCUGAUGUAUGCCGUGAGGGAGGAGGUGGAGAUCCUCAAAGAGCAAAUCAAGGAGCUGGUGGAGAAGAACUCCCAGCUGGAGCGGGAGAACAGCCUCCUGAAAAACCUGGCCAGCCCCGAGCAGCUCCAGAAGUUCCAGUCCCGGCUGCCCCUGGAGGUGGUGCCGCAGACCCCCCAGAAGCAGAGUCCGGGGUCUGCUGCCCCGGCCCAGCACAGGGUGGGCUCUGCGGUGUAAGGUGGCUCUGUCCUGGGGGUGGGCAGAGCCACAGAACUCUUUCUACGUGCAUCUCCUUGAAAGUGGUUUCCUCACUUCUCCUUUGGAGGACUCCAAGCGAUGGCUUCUGAGGCCACGGUCCUGGCCCGGGCCCUUGAGGGGCCCCCGGCUGUCUGGAGCUGGGCAGAGACUUGUCUCCUGAAGAAAGGGGCUCAACUGCAACCACGGUGGAGCUUGGACACCUGCUGGAGCAGGCAGCCCUGCUUGAAGAAGUCCUGCCUCCCUGUCUGAAAAGGGACCGUGUGCCAUGUUGAGGCUCCCGGCCUGGUCGGCAAAAGACUUGUAACUGGCAAGAGGCAAGCCAGCCUUGGAGAGAGGACUGUCCUGCUGCUGGUGCUGGAGGGAGGUGGCUGCAGAAGCAGCCCCUCAGCUUGUUUGGACAUGCUGCCAUGUGGGGAUUACCAGGCUUGGCUUGUCUGUUUAGCACUGGCUCUGUGUUCCCCGGUUCCUAGCCUUGGGGGCACAAGGACUGCUGCCUUCUGUAUAGACUCGGGCGCCACCUCUGUCUUCCUGUUUCAGUUUGCAGGGAUUUGGACCGAAAGGCAGACCCCAGGCCAUAGGAUGGGGACUGAGAGGGGGCUGCUGUGGCUUCCCCGUAACGGUUUGUCUUGAACGUUGUACACAGACAAACACCACCACCCCCUCCAUGAGGGGGAGCUCACUGCCGGCUGCCUUACUGCUGUCCCAGGCGGACCCCGCCCAAGGCGCCCACUGGCAGCACACAGAUCCAGCUUGGGAGGGGGUGGCAGCAAGAGGAGCCUUCAGGGGGCUGCCCCCCACUCAGCCACCUCCCGGCAUGGGCAUGUGCUUCAUUAUCACACUUCCUAGUUGAAUGUUGUAACUCCUGAGACAUUGCAAUAAAGUCUACCUUUUGUAUUUAUA